GUCUCGCUCAGUAUCGCUUGCGCGUCGCUGCGAGGGGCCCGCGUCGGCCGCCCCUUCCAAUUUGGUUAACAAAAAAACUUCACAAUCUGUUAUUUCUUUAACCUGUGAUUAAAGCGGUCGUGAUAAUGAAUUUAUACCGUAGAAAAAUAGUCAAAGAAUAAGUGAUAAAACGCCUUCAUCGUGCCCCAAUAAGUAAUGGAAUUGAAUAGCAGACAAUGCAGGGAAAAACUUAUCGACGAGGUGAAGAAGUACCCGGUGCUGUACGACACGAGGCACGAGAGCCACCGCGACAUCGACGUGCGCGACCAGUGCUGGCACGAGAUAUCCGAACGACUCGGCACCAAUAGUGAGAUCCUAAAACGGGAAUGGAAAAUCUUAAGAGAUUCCAUGCGGCAAGCUCUGAAGCGGUCCAAGAAAGGCGCCACGACUAAAUCGGGUACUCCGUGCAAGAAGUGGCGGUUCGAGAGUAGAAUGUCAUAUUUAUUACCUUACAUGACCGUCAGACGGAACCAGAGACACAUAAGAGAUGACAUUAAAGUAGUAGAAACAGAAGUACAGUCAGACCAAGAAUCAGAAAUAUGGGACCCAGGGAACCCAACCACUGACCAGGAUUCCCUAGAUUUGUUCUUCGCCAGCGUAUGCCAGAGUACGAAGAGACUGCCACGGAAGUUACAGUAUCAGGUUAAGAAACAAGUACUGGACGUGCUUCUAAAAGUGGAAGAAGAAUUUGAGAGUGGACAAAGUGAUACAAAAACUGAAGUCAACAAGAACUUUUAGUGUAAUGAAGUGAAAAACCUGCACAUCACAAUGUGUAUUAUAUAUUUGAAAAUUAUCGGGGACUGUAAACAUUCUAAAAUAUGUAAGAUAUUCCUUUGAUUAUUAGAAUAUAAUAUUUUUCAAAUAUAAUGUUUAAGUUA